AUGAGUCUCUGCCAGCAUUUGGCGGGUUUCUCAUCUCGUGCGGUCGCUGGUUGUGCGCUUGAGAUAGUGUGGCAGCAUGUGAGAAGCACGACGAUCGAUGAGUGGAUAUUUGGGAGGUUUUCAGUUCAGGUAUUCGUGCGUGAUGCUCGCUCUUCUGAAACCCUCUCGCUCGGUUUUCUCGACUCUUGGGUUCCCUGGAGGGUGUGUGGAGGAGGAAGAGAGCUUUCCGCAUUUCCAUGCUCUGACGAGAUCCAAUACGUGCGGCUUCUAACGCGCAUGCUAACCGCGGUUUCGCCUCGCCUCUUCCGCUCGCUCCUCUGCUUACCACAGCAGCAGCACCGCCGCUUCCCAGCGAAUGUUCUCCUGCUUUGCGCGUCCGCCCUCGUUGCAUCAGCCGCGAUUGCCGGCGGCGGUUCCACCCCGAAAGCUCCAGUACCACCCGUCACGGCUCCAGCUAUGGCUGCUGCGGCGCGGCGUCAACCUUCCGUUGUUGUCGUCUUUGCUCUCCUCCUCGCGGCUCUCCUCCCAGCCGCUCUGGCGCGCGCUCGUCUUACCGACAACGUCUACAUUGCGGACGAUGACGUCAUUGGCUCAUAUUGCGAGGUCAUCCUCGGGUCGCCAUCAGACCCCUUCUCUUCGGUCGACAUCUGUCUCAAGGUGCACCGGUGA